CGAUAGAUAAAAUUGUUGUUAAUUUCACAGUAUCUAUUUUUGUCAAUAUCGAAAGGAGCACGUACGUGUGUAGUAACCACUUGCUCAAUUUGGACCGUAGACAACCGUUGAUCCAUCUGUUUUUUUUUUCUUGAAUACUUUUACCAAACAAACUGAAACCGUGUUUUUAUAUAUCUUUGUCGCCGUGAAUUAGACUCUAUUUAUUUUUUGCUACAAAUGUUAAUAUCAUUAGACUCUAUAUAUACAUCCAGAAUUCUCCAUUUGAGAUUAAUUAGAAGCCAAAUUCUUUCGUAGACAUUUUUAAGAAGAAGAAGAAAAACCUGAAAAGAUCGAGCUAUCAUGGUCAGAUCAGAACUAGGAAGAAGGAGGUUUUUAUCUCGAGCUGAAAUGGCGCCGGCGUCAAUGAUUUCUCGCCGGAGCUGUUCAAUGUCUCCGACACUAGAGACCAUAUUUGAAGAAAGGUCCGAUAAUUUUAACCAUCAAGAUUAUUAUUCAAAAGUCGUUGUGGGACAACGACACCGUCUCUUCCUUAUCGUUCCGGCGAUUAUAUCGGCCGUGUCUUGUGUUUUGCUGUAUAGACAUGAUCGUGUUAUUCGAUUUUCUUGAACAUGUAAACAUACAUUGAUACAUACAUACAUACAUAUGCACAAGUAUUUUUUUUUUUUGAAACUACGUAUGCACAAGUAUUUCAAUGUAGUUUGUUAUUAUAUAACAUGUAAGCAGAAGAGUUUAUUAUAUAUAAUCUUAUAAUGUCUCUGUUUCAGUUC